UGUGAGAGGGGCCAAAAAUGAUCAAUUGUAAACAUGAACGACUGUUAAACGACUUUAGCUAGCUAGGAUAAGUUACACAGGAUGGCAGCAGCACUGGUUCGGUCUGGGCAUCUUCGCUGUGUUCUUCGGUUAGCGACGUGGGUAAAGCCGCAACGGAUACCGCCUGUGUGUGGAAAUAAAAGAAGGUACGCCGCAGAGUCUGAGGGAGACCGCCGACUUCCAAAGAUUUACACGAAGACAGGAGAUAAAGGAUUUUCUAGCACUUUCACAGGAGAGAGGAGGCCGAAAGAGGACCAUAUCUUUGAAGCUUUGGGGACAACAGAUGAACUGUCAUCAGCCAUUGGGCUGGCCAGAGAGUUUUGCCUUGAAAAAGGACAUUCCUUCACGGAUCAGCUAGACAAGAUCCAGUGUGUGCUGCAGGACGUAGGCUCCAACAUUGCCACUCCACACUCGUCAGCCAGGCAGAGCCACAUAAAGAAGACGAGGUUCAGCAGUCAGCCCGUGUCCGAGCUGGAGAGCUGGAUUGACUCCUACAUGGGGGAGCUUCCUCCGCUCACAAACUUCAUACUGCCUUCAGGGGGGAGGAGCAGUGCUGCCCUGCACGUGGCCAGAGCUGUGUGUCGACGAGCAGAGCGCUGUGUAGCCCCUAUAAUCCGCUCAGGCGAGGCUGACCCUGACAUCGGCAAGUAUCUCAACAGGUUGAGUGACUACCUGUUCACAGUGGCCAGAUAUGCAUCUAUGAAAGAACACAACGAGGAGAAGAUCUACAGGAGACCUGAAUGAGGAUGUGUGUUAAUCACCACACUGCACCUCCCAUCCUCUAUAGAAUCGGUGCAUGAAACACAAUGUUUCAAUUUUCAAUUUUUCCAUCAAAAAAGAAAUAAAAUGUUUUAUACAGUU